UUCAAAUUAUUAAACAUUUAGAAUCCUAGUAUUUAAUUUUUUUCUUUCGAUUUUUUUGAUCAGGAAGUUAAGUCAGAAAAAUUACCUAUACGUAUAGCGGACGCAUAUGAGAUUAAAAGAAAAACAUUAUUGAUUUACUUUACAAUAAAUAUAUUUUCUCAGAAAGUAAAAUAAAGUCGUUGCAAUUAAAAUAAUGUAACUUAAAAAUGAUAGGUUUAAAUUGAAAUAUUUAAAACAUUUGGUUGAAGUACUUUCGGUUUUAAGAAUUUGUGCAUUAUUAAAAAUAUAUAACGUCAAAAGUAUUAAAAACCUUAUAAACGAUUAUAAAGUAUACAUUUGUAACUGUCGACCGUGACGCGAAUCUAAUCGAAAAAUGUAAAUCAAUAUCAUGUAUAGGUGUAGAACACGUAACGUAUACUCUGAUACCUUUUUCGCACUUCAUUCAUAAAAAAUACUGUUAAUGCAGCUGUUUUUUAUUUAUUCUAUUGAAUUUUCUAAAGAGUUAGUCAGAGUAGUUUUGUUGUCAGCAAUAUCGUCCACCUAUCAUUGUAUAUAAGAAAAAAUGUCGCUGAGAAUUGUCACUGUUAUCAAACGCGUAAAAUAUCAUUUUCGAUAAAUCCACAACCGGUUCGUCCGGGAAACACGCGACGUUAUGGAAAAACACUGAAAACCAAAAAUCAUAAAUAUAAUAUAAAAAAAAAAUAAUUAAAUAAAUAACAACCGAUACGACGACGACGAUGACAGUGAACACGGCUUAAAUGACAACUUUGCGAAAACGCCUGAACCUGACGAUGAACGUCUGCCGGCUUUUCGGACUGAGUCUGGAGCCGGACGACGCGGCGGCCGCCGUGGUGGACGCGCUGAUCUUCCUGGUCAACCUGAUGUACAGCGCGUACGGGUUCGAUCACGUGACGUCUGCGGUGCAGCAACGGAUGCCGCUCAUAUGGGACAUCACAACGGUGAUGAGCGUGGCCAAGGUGUACGGAUACUUGCUGACGCCGCCGGUGAUGUUGAUCGUUUGGCAGUGCAACAAACGAUCGCUGACGGACGUGGUGCUUACGGUGGGCCGAGCAGACGUCGCCGACGAGCCAGCGUCGCUGAUGCCGUUCUUCCGGUACUCAGUGGUGUGGCUGUGCAUGUCCGUGCUCAUCGAGUUCGCCGCGUACACCACGUUCCACAUCGACACCAACUUCGUGUACUUCACGGUCACGGAGUACUCCAUGAUAGCCGUGUACAACGUCUGGAUGAAGGUGCCGCUUCUGAUGUACACGUUCCUGUUGGACGCGAUCCGGACGUCCGUCCAGGACAUCAACGUCCGGCUGAUCACCGUCGCGGACUGGCGGUCGUACCGAGGCCGGUGGGACGACCUCAGGUGGGCUGCCGUCCACCAUACACGCGACCUCUUCGGCGUCACCAUCAUCACGUUCAUCGUGAACACGAUCAUCGAAAUCGUGUUCUUCGGGUUCUCGCUGUGCCUGUUCGCCUUCAGAAACGAUCACGUGGAAACGUUCCAAGUAAUCAUUUAUGCCGUCAACGGGUUGUACAGCCUCUGUUGGAUGAUCGAGUUAAUCCGCAUGACGAAAAACUGCAAACUAGAGGUUGGCACGUUUCUGUAUUGAACUCAUUGCGUUGGAACCUCGAUAACUCGAAUUCGUUAGGGGGCAAAAAAAAAUUCGAGUUAUCGAAAAUUCGAUUUACAAACAACCUCGAUUACUCGUCAAUGUAUAAGACAGGGGCCAAAAGCAUUCCUUCGAGUUAUUGAAAAUUCGACAUUUAGAGGUUCGAGUUAUCUAGGUUCCGCUGUAUUUGUAAAAAUAACAAUAAUAUGGACUUACGAAUAUCGUUAAGUCUUACAUGUAUAUCGGUUACUAUACCGAUAACGCCAGUGUCGAGUACUGUGGCGAAACACGUUUUCGUGUAAAAGAGAUGACACGUAAGCUGAUCAAGUUUAUCGUCUCGUAUUAAUGAGUUUUUUUAAUACCCAUUAUAGGAGUUGUGUUCUAAAAAGCAUUCUUUCGACCUCCAAAUAUAUGCGAAAAUCGAGCAAUCCUACUAGACGAUAAUACUCAUCGUAUUACUUCAAUAAUUUUCUAAGCAUUUUAUUCUUCUAAUUUUUUAUUUGAAAAAAAUAUACUAUGAAUAUGUUUUAAUGCUUAAAAUAAUUUAUAAAAAACUUAUGAAUUACCAAGUAUAAUAUUGUAUCGAUCAAAAUUACUAUCUAUAGUUAU